AUGCAGUGGGCAACCAUAAAACAGCAGCUUAUGAUUCAAAACAAGAAACCAAACUUAUCUGCGUUUGACAGUUGGUUAUUCAGUGUUGGAUUAACAGCCAGUACAAUAACAACUGAUCCCAUUUCUAACAAUCGAGAUAAAAAUCGUCAUACUAAAAGCAGCAGCUUCAAUAACAACAAAACAACUACAAGUAAGAGAGCAUUUAUCUACUCUCAUAGUGAUGAUAAAAAGUGCAUUGUAUGCAACAAUAAAAACUGCAGAGCUGUGAGUGACUGUCCAACAUAUCAGUCGUUGGAACGCAGUGAAAAAUGGAACGUGGUGAGAACCAAGAAGCUUUGCAAAUACUGUUUGGGUGUGCAUAUGGGAGAAUGCAGGAAAAAGAAAAAGUGCGGCGAGGAAGGCUGUGAGUACUAUCACCAUUCUUCCCUACAUCGAUAUACGUCACCUUCACCACCUGUUGGAAGCAAACAAACGUCAAAUCAAAAUAUGACAAACAGUUCAAAUGAAAGAGACGUGAUACAUAAUUCCCACAAUAAUAUGUUGACAAAUAUUUUGUUUAAAAUUGUGCCAAUUACUAUAUAUGGAAAUAAUAAAAGCAUCGAAACCUAUGCGUUUAUUGAUGAGGGUUCGUCGGUCAGCCUUAUGGAUAAUUCAAUUGCCAGUGAUCUAAAAAUUGAUGGUGUGGCUAGCCCCCUGUGUUUGAAAUGGACGGGAGGGAACAGCAAAACCCGUGUGUCUUUAAACGUAUGUACAGUGGAAUCAUUAAGUUUACCAGUGCAAUCUUUGAACUACAAAUUGUUAGCGCAGCGUUAUCGCCAUCUCCGAAAUUUGCCUGUUAAAAGUUAUGUGAACGCUGAGCCAAAACUACUUAUUGGAUUAAAUCAUCUUAAUUUGGGUAUUUCCAACAAGAUUCGUGAAGGUGCCUCCAAUGAGCCUGUUGCUGUCCGAACGAAACUGGGAUGGCUCAUAUACGGCACAACAUCCGAACCAGAUCAUACAAGUAAGCCAUUUAAUUUUCAAGUAUGUAAUUGUACAGCUAGCGAUGAAAAAUUAGAUGAGUUAGUAAGAAGUUUUUACACACUCGAGAGCAUUGGGAUAUGUACAAAAGACCCUCUUAAAUCUGAAGAUGAGAGUCGAGCAUUAAACUUAUUAAGCAAAUACAUGAAGCAAAAGGCAAGUGGUAAUUAUGAGGUUCCAUUAUUAUGGAAGUUUGAUUGUGUCGAACUGCCAAACAGUUUUGAUAUGGCUAUAAAGCGGUUAACUUGCCUCGAAGGGAAGUUAAAACGAAACUUUGAUCUCUUAAACAUUUUUCGAGAUACAAUUUCUAAAUACCUAUCUAAAGGCUACAUACGUAGACUUGAUGAAAAAGACAUCAGGCGCAACGACGGAAAAGUUUGGUAUUUACCAAUUUUUGCCGUCUUUAAUAAGAAUAAGCCUGGUAAAUCGCGUGUGGUGUGGGACGCGGCUGCCAGGGUUGGUGAAUUUUCGUUGAACUCGUUUCUGCUUAAGGGGCCUGAUAUGUUGACAUCAUUGCCAUCAAUUCUUUUUAAAUUUCGGCAAAAGAAAGUGGCAGUAUGUGGAGACAUCGAAGAGAUGUUUCAUCAAAUUCACAUCAGAGCAGAAGAUCGUGAUGUGCAACGGUUUCUUUGGAGGGAUUGUAACCAGGAGAGAGCGCCAGAUGUGUACAUAAUGGACGUCAUGAUAUUUGGUGCCACAUGCGCUCCCAGCAUAUCGCAGUAUGUGAAGAAUUACAAUGCUGACAAAUUUCUGGAAGAGUUUCCCCUUGCUGCAAAGGCAAUCAAACAAAAUCAUUAUGUGGAUGAUUUGCUAUGUUCUAUUGAUACGGCUGAGGAGGCAAUAAAAUUGGUUAAAGAUGUGUGCUUUGUACAUCGCCAAGCUGGUUUCAAUAUAAGAAACUGGGUGUCCAAUAGCAGGGAGGUUAGGAAUGCAUUUGCAUCUACUCUUUCGGAGAAAGUUAAAUGCAUAAAUUUUAAAGCCGAAAACAGUGUUGAGAAAGUACUGGGCGUUUUUUGGGAGCAUGAUGAGGAUGUUAUAACAUUUAAAAUAGCAUCAUGGCUUCUGGAGGGUGAAUUAUUGUCAACCAAAAAAGCUCCAACUAAGCGAGAAAUGCUUAGACUAGUAAUGUCCAUUUACGACCCCCUGGGACUAAUUGGACACAUAGUUAUGUUCGUGAAGGUUCUCAUGCAAGAAGUUUGGAGGUCCAAAUCGGGGUGGGAUGAACCAAUCCAUCACGAAUUGGCGGCAAAAUGGAGUCACUGGUUACGAAUUUUGCCAGACAUCGAAAACCUCAAAAUAGAAAGAUGCUAUCUAAAAACUUUUCAUAAUUAUGAAGGCGUUAAUGUCCAGCUGCAUACCUUUGUGGAUGCCAGCAAGGACGGUUAUGCUGCUGUAUGUUAUUUAAGACUGAAGAAAAAUGCCGAUGUGGUUUGUUCGUUAGUGACUGCCAAAACCAGAGUUGCCCCAAUUAAAAUAACGUCAGUGCCUAGGCUUGAACUUAUGGCAGCUUUAAUAGGAGCGCGUCUAGCGAAGUUUGUGCUGGAUAAUCACGAAAUUGGAAUUUCUAAAAAAUAUUUUUGGAGCGAUUCGAAGACAGUUUUGAGUUGGAUCAACUCUGACCAUCGCAAAUAUAACCAGUUUGUUGCAUUUCGGGUUACGGAAAUCCUGGAACUCUCAUCAAUCAGCGAUUGGAAUUGGGUUCCAAGUAGAGAGAAUGUGGCCGAUGAUGCCACAAAAUGGUCGAAAAUUCCAAAUUUUUCCGAUUCUAGUAGGUGGUUCCAUGGACCAGCUUUUUUGUUCCAACCUGAAGAAAUGUGGCCCCAAAAGACGGGUUUUAGUGGUAAUACAGAGGAGGAACGAAUACAUACCUCGUACCCAAUAAAUAAAUACGAGCCCAUUUUAAAUGAGCUGCGAUUUUCGAAAUGGAAUCGGCUGGUGAGAGCUAUUGCUUAUGUGGUCAAAUUUAUUACUAUUUGUCGAAAAAAUGAGCCCAGAUGCCAAGGAUUAACACUGGAUUAUUUAAAGAGAGCGGAGCAUAUAAUAUAUAAACAGGUGCAAUCUGUGACUUACUCAGCUGAAAUUGCUGCCCUGAAUACAAAGUCUCCUGUGCCAAAAUCCAGCGAAAUUUUUUCAAAAACACCCUAUUUGGAGGAAGGGCUUUUACGAGUUGAUGGCAGAAUAGAUUUGGCAAAUGUUACAUUUGACCAAAAGCGUCCAAUAAUAUUGCCCAGAAAACAUUAUGUUACCAAAUUAAUAAUUCUUCAUUAUCACGAAAAAUUUCAUCAUAUGCAUCAUGAAACAGUUGUGAAUGAGCUGAGGCAAAAGUAUGCCAUCUCGAAACUUCGCACCACUGUAAAGACUAUUUUUCGUUCCUGUCAAUUCUGUAAAAUCACCAAGGUGGUGCCUAACCCCCCUCAGAUGGCAAAGUUACCUCGAGCUCGUGUAGCUGCUUAUGCAUCUCCAUUCUCUUAUACUGGAGUAGACUUCUUUGGGCCCAUAUUGAUCAGUGUGAAUCGCCACAAAGAGAAACGAUAUGGCUGUUUGUUUACGUGCCUCACUAUAAGGGCCGUUCAUAUUGAGAUUGCACAUUCUCUUAUGGGAGGCGCCUGGGAGCGUUUAGUUCGCUCAAUCAAAAUGGUUUUGUAUAAGAUCAUGCCCUCAAGGCACCCUACUGAUGAGCUACUUUUGAGCAUGUUAAUCGAGGUGGAAAAUGUGAUAAAUUCGAGGCCGCUCGCAUAUGUUCCAAUUGAAGAACAUAUGGCAGAAGCUUUAACCCCGAAUCAUUUUCUUGUGGGAAGCUCCAAUGGGCUAAAACCCUUAACUACAGUUUACGACAGUGGAACCUUAUUGAGACAGAGCUGGCUUAUUUCUCAACAAUAUGGCAACAUAUUUUGGAAGAAGUGGCUGGCCGAAUAUUUACCAUCGCUUACUUGUAGGACAAAAUGGCACGAGAAAUCAAAGGCAUUAUGUCAGGGGGAUUUAGUUAUCAUUGUAGACCCUUCUUUACCUAGAAAUGUCUGGCUGCGAGGCAAAGUACUUGAAACGAGGUUGGCACCAGAUGGUCAGGUCCGCAGCGCAAAAAUAUUGACAUGUCGAGGCGUAAUGGAGAGACCUGCAACGAAGCUGGCAAUUUUGGAUGUUGCUGCUCAAACUAAGUCUGACGUAGAAGAAGCUUCUUGUCAUACUCCGGGGGGAAUGUUGACGCCAAUCUCAAAAAUGCCUUAA